GCGGCGGAGGCUCCGGCGGCCCCUCCUGGCGGUGCGGCGGCGGCGGCGGCGCCCCGGGCCCCUUCCCGCCCCCCCGCGCGCCCUCCCCUCCCCCGGCGCCGCGGGGACCAUGAGGCCCCGCGCCCCGCGGCCGGCGAGCGAGUGACCCGCGGCCCCCGCCUCAGCCCGCCGGCCCGGCCGCUCCCCCCCGCCUCGCGCAGGCAAUGACAGCGGCUCCGGCGUCCCCGCAGCAGAUGAGGGACCGGCUGCUGCAGGCCAUCGACCCCCAGAGCAACAUCCGGAACAUGGUGGCGGUGCUGGACGUCAUCUCCAGCCUGGAGAGGUUCCCCAUCACCAAAGAGGCGCUAGAGGAGACACGACUGGGCAAGCUCAUCAACGAUGUGCGCAAGAAGACACAGAAUGAGGAGCUGGCGCGCAGGGCCAAGAAGCUGCUGCGGAGCUGGCAGAAGCUCAUCGAGCCCGCGCCUCAGGCUGAGGUGGCCAUGCGGGGACUGGCCAGCGCCCCAGGCUCGGCCAACGGGGGUGCACACAACUGUCGGCCUGACGUGGGGGCCGCUGGCACAGCCAAGGGCCUCCAUGACCUGAGGAGCCGCAACGACAUCCAGAGACUGCCGGGGCCGCGCCUGGACCGGCUGGGCACCCGCAAGCGCCGUGGGGACCAGCGUGACCUCGGGUUCCCGGUGGCCCCUCCCAAGGUCUCCAAAGCCAGCCACGAACCCUUGGUCCCCAAUUCCUCCCCUCUCCCCACCAACGGUAUCGGCAGCAGCCCAGAGAGCUGCUCCGGGCCCCAGGACGGCAGUGGGCACCUGGGCCCUGAGGUCAGCCGCCUGGAGGCUGGUGAGGGUGAGUCGGCAGGGGGUAAGAUCCCAGUCAACACCGUGCGGCCACACACCAGCUCCCCAGGUCUGGGCCAGCCCCCAGGGCCCUGCCUGCAGACCAGGGCCGCACUGCAGCUGGACCGCGUGGACCUCGCCCCCGGGCUGCCUCACCCAAAGGGGCUGCCUCGCUGCUCCUUCAGCCCCCGGAACUCAAGGCACGAGGGCCCAGCGCGGCAACGGAGUCCCUACACAUCCAAGGGCCGCCUGUCCAGCCCUGCACUGCGGUCACAGGCACUUGACACAGUCUUGCAGGUGCCAUCCCCGCUGCCAUCAGCCUAUCCAUCCACGCCCCCCGUGCGCCGGCUCGAGCUGCUGCCCAGUGCCGAGAGCCCUGUGCGCUGCCUGGAGCAUCCCGAAGGCCACCCACGGCUGCCGCCCACUGCCGCCGAGCCCCUUCUGCCCCGGGCCGGCUUUUCCCCAGACUCCUCCAAAGUGGACAGUGACGCAGCCUCGUCCUGCGGGGGCAGCGGAUUGGAUAGCAGGAAGAAGAAGCGGUACCGGCCCCGCGACUACACAGUGAACUUGGACGGCCAGGGGGCCGAGGCAGGCGUGAAGCCUGUGCGGUUAAAAGAGCGGAAGCUCACCUUUGACCCUAUGACAAGACAGAUCAGACCUUUGACCCAGAAAGAGCCCGCGCAGGCGGACAGCCCUGUGUCCCCUGAGCAGCCCCGCACAGAGCUGGCUGGGCCCGAGGCCAAGGGCAGCGUGCAGAGCCCCUUCGAGCAGACGAACUGGAAGGAGCUGUCGCGCAAUGAGAUGAUCCAGUCGUACCUGAGCCGGCAGAGCAGCCUGCUAUCCUCGUCGGGCGCCCAGACCCCCGGUGCUCACCACUUCAUGGCCGAGUACCUGCGUCAGGAGGAGAGUGCCCGGCGCCAUGCCCGCCAGCCUCACGUGCUGGAGCCCGCGCCUGGCCCGCCUGUCCAUCUCCCAGGGCUGACGCGGGAUGUGACCCUGGACGACGUGGAGCGGCUGCAGGGCCGCCCAUGGCCGGGGGUGAAUGGGUGUCGGGACACACAGGGUAACUGGUACGACUGGACGCAGUGCAUCGCGCUUGACCCGCACGGGGACGAGGGUGGGCUCAACAUCCUGCCUUAUGUCUGCUUGGACUGAUGGCGGCCCGGGCCUGUGCUCUUCCCUCAGACUUCUUUUGUGAAAUGCUGCUACCAGUUUGCUAACGUGAUGGCAAAGAAGGCCCCAUGGCAGGAAGGCAGGCCGGGAGCUCAGAGCUCCACCACAGACCAGCUGGAACGAAUGUCCGUCCCCACGUGGACAUGGUGCAGAGCCCCCAGCACCUGCAGGCACAGCCCUAGUGGCAGACAGGCCCAGAUAGGCUGCAGGCAGGUUUCGGCAGGGCAGCUGGCAACCCCUGCUGCGGGUCCCCCCAGCGCCAGAGGUCAGACCCACACUCCAUAGCACCCACACAUUUGUUUUCAGUUCAGUUCCAUCCAUUUCCAAAGCAAUGCCGCAGAGAUGGAUGUCUCCUAGUUUGUUCGAACCCUUUGUCCCCUACCUCCCUUUCCUGUGCCCCCUUCUAGAAAAGCCAUCUUUCUAGAGCCCCUCCCCGCCAUCCCCACACACAGCAAAGUGGGUGCUAUUGGUGUGUGGGCCUCUGUGGGCUAUGCCUUGUCUGCGCUGGAACACUCGUAACCAUUCCUUUAGAUUCGUUUGCCUUAUGGUUCCCCAACAUAAACAAGGAGCCUUAGUGAAUGUACAGUACCUAGACUUCUGUGUUCUCUGCACGCAGAAGGAGCAACUUUGCUAUUUGGUCCAGUAAGUGGACAUCUUGUGAUAUAAACGUGGAAAUAAAAAACCAUUUGCACAAACUAGUCUGAGACUCAUUUCUCAUUUGCCCCAUAAACAGUGACACCCCUCCCCCGCAACCCGCGUUCACCAGCCCAGGGGGUUGUGGGACCUUCAGGAGUCCUGUCUGUGCAGCUUUGCCUGCCAACUGAUGCCGCCCAAGUCCAGAGAGAAGUCCCAGGCCAUGUAACAUGUGAAACUCUGGCCAUUCAGUGUCACCCUGAGAGAGUGCCUUCUUGCCCCCGUGUACUGGAUGUCACAGAUGAGUGCCCCCAGCAGCAGUGGCCCUAGUGCAGGGUGCACAGGGCCGGGAGGCUGUAGGCUCGCAGCAGGGUAGCCAGGCCAGGUGGUCCAGCCCAACACAGUGGGGUGAGAGGAUGAUGUGCCCCAGUGUCGCUGUCUGCCGCCUUGCAGUGCGCCAAGCAGUGAUGGGGGGAUUCUAACGGGAUUCCGACAUUCCUUCCCCCAGCCCGCCGCCCUCCGGACGAGACUGGGAGCAGCCCGAGGUCAUUUCAGGGCAACAGACUCGCCACGGCCGCUGCCCUCAGCGGCUGCUCCCGCAGCUCCGACCUCCGGCCCUCGGCCACGCCACUGCAGGCCGCAGAGGACCUCGGGCUUGACCCGCGACCCCCGGCCCCGCCGGGCGAACCCUCGCACCGCCCACUCGGACUGCUGCCCCGGGAACCCCGGGUCGCCCUGGCUCGGCCGCAGGUCUGCAUCCUCCUUCCGCUUCCGGGACCCGCCCUGCCCCGGAAGCGCGUCGAGGGCUGGUGCGUCUGCGGCGCGCGGCGGUGACGCGCGCGGGCGGCGGCCAAUGGGAGGCGGUGG